AUGGCGGGAGAAGGGCAAACAGGAGAGCAGCUCCUGAUGAGGCUGCUGCAGACGCAGCAGGAGCAGAUGGGACAACUCCAGAGACUGCUAGAGCAGAACCAGAGGCCACGCGGAACCGUGGUGGAUACAAAGGCUAUUGGCCGACCUGAGAAAUUGGGAGGAACACUGGAGGAAGCCUCGCGUGCAUGGCGCCAGUGGAACUACCGGCUGGAGCUUUGGCUCACGAGCCAGUUUCCAGAAACCCGGGCAAUCCUGACUUGGGCUCGGACCCAAGAUGAUGAAAUCGCCGUUACCAGGCUGAGAGAACAGCUGGUGGAUGGAGUGACUCCGGAAAAGGUCCAGGAGUUCAAUCGACAACUGGAGGUAGUCCUGGGUACUUUGACUAUGGACACCCCAGGGGAUAUCACAAUGAACUCGAGCGCAGGAUCCGGACUGGACAUGUACCGGCGGCUCCAUGGGAGAUUGGAUCCGACCGACAUGGUCACGAGCUUUAGGUGGUUGCGGCAGCUCAUGUCGACGAAGCCAGUUGCAGAAGUGAGCGACUUGAUCGCUGCAGUGGAGAGAUGGGAGGACCAGCAUCGGAGGUAUGCUGCCCGUCGGGACUGCACGGCGCUGACCGAGCGCCAGAAGAUGGUUUCGUUGUUGGGAAUGGUUCCCGCGGAGUUGCAGUCACACCUGGAGCUCAACCUUCCACGGCUCAACUCGUACGACCUUCUACGGAGGGAAAUCGUGACUUUCGCCGAGAACCGCCGGGCAUUCACUGUGGAUGACUCCGGCGCAAUGCCUAUGGAUAUCGACUACGCCAAGGGGAAGGGGAAGGGAAAAGGAAAGGACAAGGAGACCCGUAAGUGCCACAAGUGUGGCAAAGUGGGCCAUCUCGUAAAGGACUGCAGGAGCCCGAUAGACAUAAGGAAGAACAAGGAUACAGGAGGUGGUUCUAGUGGUUACCCCAAAGACCCCACCCCAGGAGGUAGAGGUAGUGCAGGGAAACCGCCGAAGGGUAAGGCUCAAGGUAGGGGCCGCGGCGGGAAAGGCAAGGGCGGACACGCCCGCGAGCUAGACGGCGAAGAAGAAGAGCCAGACGGCGAGGAGCCUGAGCAGGAGGAGGACUACGAAGCCGAGGUGGGCUUCAUAGGAAUGCUCGAAGGCGAAGGAGAGGACCCGGGAAGGGGAGACGAGACGCCAAAGAAGCCGGAAACAAAGGAAAAGAAAGAAAAGAAGAAGGAAAAAGAAGAAAAGAAAAGGAAGAGCCCAGAGGGCGACGACGAAGACUGGGGAACCUGGCGUUCCGACCCCAGUGCUUCUGGCGCGGGAUCGUCUCGAGACCCGCCAGAAGGGGGCAGGGCACGAGCAAGUGCCAAAGCCAAGGCAGCUGGCGGCACUUCCUCCAUGACGGGGGUUGGGCUGCGGCUCCUCGAGGGCAACCUGGUGUCCGAGCUGCAGGCUCGCCAGGCCGAGCUCAACAGGGCCCUGGCUAGUGCCGAAGGUGACGAGGAAAGGGCCAACCUAGAAGCCCAGCUCGAGGAAGUCACCCGGCAGCUGAAGGAGCUUGUGGCUAAGAGGAGGGCUGCCAGGACGGCUACCGCUGGGAGUUGGAAGUCGUCGGCACGCUUCUUGGCUGACGUCCGCUCGGGACGCAAGGCCAAGCUGGCCAAGAGGAAGGAGCUUAGCCGCCAGCGAGCGGCGAAGCACAGGCAAGCCUCCCGCGAAGGGAGGGCUCGCGAAAGGGUUGCGCUGGACGAGGAGUGGCAGAAGAGGUACAACAAGCCGCUUAAGAAAGACGACGGCAAGAAGGCAUCCUACCCGCUGAUGCCGGAGAACACCGAUCGAGAGGCAAGACCCUUGAGCAAGCGAGCUAGGGAAAACCUUCGCCAAGAAGGUGCUGGGGACGACGUUCCGGAGGAGCACGUUAGGGCUUGGCGAGAAAAGCCUAAGACUCCUGGGGAACGUGCUGGCAAGCGCCGCAGGGAGGCGGCCAGGAAGAAAAGGAAAGAGAGCGGCAGUGCGGGACCCGUUUCGGGAACCGCAAGGGCCAAGGCCGCAGCCAAGCCAAAGGCUAAGCCCAAGGCAAAGCCUGUGCCCAAGGAGCCGCCUGGGCCACCACCUGCAAAGGGCAAGAAGGAAGUGAAGGGCACCGACCGGCCUGCUGAGCCGGCGGGGGAGCCUCCGCGGAGGCGAGCCAGGCCCAAGCACUCUGCAAGGGUAGCCGAGGCUAUCCGGACGGCGCCGUGGCGUAACGACGGCAAGUUGCCCGGGGAGCAGGGGAAUGGAAAGGAGAGCGGCAAGAAGGGCAGUGGUGGGACUCCGCCCGUGAUGGGCCGAAGCAAGCUUCUUGGGGCGGCGUUGGCUGGGGCGCUGCAGGCGCAAGCCAAGAGAAUGCCCAAGGAGAAGAUCAUCCGGAGGAGCCAGGUGAAUCGCCUGGUGGAAGCCCACAAGGGCACAGACCGCUUUGCGAAGCGGCAGGGGCUGAGGAGAGCCCUGGUGAAGAAGCUCCCAAAGGGGACGGUCGGAGUCGCCGCCGAGCGCAAGCUGCUGGACAGCGACUGUGAGAGUUGCACCUCUCGACGAGGAAAGGCCACGAGGGCCGCAGCAGCUGCUUACGCCAAGAGUCUUCUCCAGAAGAAGGAGAGGAUGAAGCAUCUGCCCCUCCUUUCGGAGGACGAAGGCGAAGAUGAAGAAGUGGAGGUCGAGGUGGAAGAGGAAGACCCCGACGCAGACCAUGUGCCACUGGGGCGAAGAGGUCCCGAGGACCCACCCGACGGAGAAGGCGGCCUGGAGGGCCGGGUUGGAACCGUGUUUUCCUUAUCUGGGAAUGGGGCCGCUUCGGCACCUUCCCGGAACCAGAAGCAUCCCUCAAUGGAGGUGAUCCUGGACAGCGGUGCAAGCCACAACGUGCUGCCAGACAAGGUGUACCAGAAGCUCUUCGAGGAAGGGAGGGCCACAGCCUUGAAGGAGGUGAGUUCGCCACUUAAGUUUUCCACGGCGAGCGGGGAGAGUCUGCCCAACCUGGGCACAACGGAGUUGCUUCUGAGUGGCCCGUCUUCGGAUGGGAAGGCCACCAGGUGCAGAUGCAUCUUCAACGUGGCAGCUGUGCAACGCUGCCUCCUCUCCACCGGUCGUGCGAUGGACCGUGGCAACGCCUUGGUCUUUGCAGGUAAGGAGGCCACGCUGUACCUCCCGAAUGGGAGUUCUUUGGUCUUCCCGGUGCGCGGGACCUUGAAGGUAGGAGCCGUAGCUGUAGAGCCGUUUCGUUUCACCCAGAACAGAGCCAUUUUGGUGGUUUGGUUAAAGGAAAGGAGAGGAAGGAAAAGAAGGAAGGAGGAGAAGAAAGAAGGGCGGCAGGCGCCGCAGCUGAGUACUACAACCUCUUUUCCGGAGCCGGAGGUGUUCCCGAUCCACUCCCGACCGUUUGGGGAUGGUGAGCCACGCCAGGCGGAGCCCGCUUCGGGAUCCGCCCAGCCAGGAGGCGACGAAGCACAGCGUGCGAAGCCACUUCGAGCACCGCCUGUGCCCACGCCUCAAAUGGUUGCUGAGCACGAGGUGACACAUAUCCCUUACCGAUCGUGGUGCCCAGCAUGUGUAGCUGGACGGGGGCGAGCCUACUCGCACCACCACGAGGGCCGAGACUCCACAGUGCCUGUGGUAUCAGCUGACUACCUGUACUUCUCUGAGAAGGGAGUACCGGGAAAGAGCCUGCCAACAGUUGUCUUGAGGGACCGUGCCUCAAAGGCCAUCUUCUCGCAUCUGCUGCCAACUAAAGGGACGGUAGGUUCGACCUAUCCUGAAAAGGCGGUGCUUCGAGAUUUGAACUGGCUGGGGUACAAGCGCUUGGUUCUGAAGACGGACCAAGAGAACGCGAUCAAGGCAUUGGGGGCAGCUGUGAAGGCUGGUUUUCCAGAGGACUUGACUCUGGAAGAGUCGCCCAAGGGAGACUCUCACGGGCAAAGCAACGGCACAGCUGAGAAUGCAGUGCAACGUGUGCAGGGACAAGUGCGCACGAUGAAGUAUGCCCUGGAGCAAAAUGCUGGAGGAGAACUACCCAAGGACUCGGUUAUCUUCCCUUGGAUGAUCGAGUACGCAGGGGUGCUCCACACCUUGUUCUCUCAAGAGGACAGCGAGGGCAUGACUCCGUUUCAGAAGCUGAAGGGCCGGACCUGGCAAGUAGCUCUUCCAAGCUUUGGAGAAAUCGUGGACUAUCGCCGAAGGGCGAAAAGCAAGCUUGAUGCCAGAUGGCAAGAAGGAGUCUACCUAGGACUGCGGCUUACGAGUUCGGAGAAGAUUAUCGGGACGCCUUCGGGUAUCCUGGUGGUGCAGUCUAUCCGAAGGAAGCCUGCAGACAAGCAGUUCAAUCUCGAGAUGCUGAGGGCUGUGAAAGGAACUCCCUGGCAGCCUAAUCCCGAGAAGAGCACGGACGCCGAUGCAGACAGACUCCCGGAGCCUAUCGUGAUAGAGCCUGUGGUCGAGCAAGCAGAGCUUCCACCGAAACCUGGAGAAGCCGAACGGUUGCCUACGUAUCGGAGAAUGUACAUCCGACAAAGCGACCUGGAGCAGUUUGGCUAUACUGGGGGUUGUGAAGCCUGUGCCGCCAUUCGCGAAGGCAGAGAACGCCAAGGUAUCAACCACAACGAGACGUGUAGGAAGCGGAUCCAAGAGGCGCUGAAGGACACCUCUCGGGGCCAAGCCCGCCUAGAGCGAGAGACUCAGCGCGAAACCGAGUACUUCACGAAAGUCCACGAGGCAGAAGAAAAGAAGAGAAAGGCUGCAACAGAGAAGGAGAAAAGGCCUGAGGCAGGAAGUGCAGAGGCGAGCGAGCCCAGCCAACCUAGCAGGCCACCAGAGCAAGCAGCAAAGAAAGUGGAGAAAAGGAAACCCUCUAAAGCAGAGCCUGUCUCCGUUUCGCGAGAGAGUAAGAAGCCAGCAGUUACCGCUUCGGAAGCUGCUUCGGCGAGCAAACGGAAGAGCGAGGACCCUGGAGACCAAGAGAGGUCCGAGCUGAGGCCUGCAGAGGACCGAGCAGAAGGCUCUAAGCGCAAGGCUGAAAACGUCGAGGGAAUGAUUGAGACGCUUAUUGCUGGAGAGCGAAAGGCGUGGAUUGAAUCCCUGGAAGGAGUCGAACAGCCUACCUGCGACCUGGUUGAUGGUUUAGUGGAAGAGGUUCUUGCGGAGACCUUCUACGACGACCUCACCGGGAAAGAGCUUCCAGCUGAAGGUGUUAAAGCAGCCCGGGCAGAGGAAGUGAGCGUCAUCAGGCAGAUGGGAGUGUGGGAAGUCAUACCCCGUCCUGCAAACGAGAAGGUGAUCGGUACGCGAUGGGUGGACAUCAACAAGGGGGAUGGUGCCCGUCACAAACUGAGAUCCAGGCUUGUCGCUCAGGAACUCAAAAGAGCCCGCGGACCGCAACAACCAGAGGACCAGUCCACUUGGAGCGAUUUCUUCGCUGCAAUGCCGCCACUCAGUUCUCUUCGGGCGCUAUUUUCCUUAGCGACUACACAGCGUGUACCCAACACUCGGGGAAAGCUGUUACCUGUUGGGUCUGGAGGCGAAGUCUGUCUUAUGUUUCUGGAUGUGAAGAAAGCUCACUUUUGGAGCCCUGUACGCCGGAGACUCCUUGUGGAGCUUCCACCAGAAGCUGGAGAGGGACGAGACAAGGUUGGACUUCUGAAGCGUUCCUUGUAUGGGACCAGGGAUGCACCUUCCAAUUGGGAGAAAGCCAUCAAGGAUGCUCUGGAGGGCUUGGGCUUCAAGCAAGGAAGAAGCAACCCAUGCCUGUACUUCCACGAGGAGAAAUCUUUGCGACUCAACGUCCAUGGAGAUGACUUCACAGUGGUUGGAAGUUACAAAGAGCUCAAGUGGCUAGAGGCUGAACUGGGCAAGGUUUGGACAGUAGAGACAAGAGGCAUCCUGGCUAGACCCGGUUCGGAGCUGCCAGGCGUGAUUCAUCAAAUCUCUGUCUUGAAUCGCCUAGUGACGUGGACCCAAGAAGGCAUCGAGAUGGAAGCCGACCCCAGACAUGUGGACUUAGUUCUGGAACAGCUGGGUCUGGAAAAAGGAGUUUCUGUGAUCACUCCACUGGUCAAGGUGAAAGAAGAGGACAUGGACAAGACUCCACUUGGUACUGCUGAAGCAGCUCUGUACCGUUCUAUCGCUAUGCGGAUAGGUUAUCUGUCUAUGGACAGGCCGGACUUGCUUAGGACCGUCCGCGAGUUGGCGAAAGGGCUGAAAGAACCUCAACAACACCAUUGGGGUCUCUUGAAGAGAGCUGCAAGAUAUCUCCGAGGAUCUCCUAGGCUGGUGCAAUUGAUCCCGUAUCAAGAGCAUUUCACAAGCAUCAAUGCUUGGUCCGACAGUGACCACGCUGGGUGUAUCAAGACUAGGAAAAGCACGACUGGAACCGUGAUCCAGCUCGGAGAAGCAACGGUGAAGACGGCAGCCAAGGGGCAAGCUGUGAUUGCCCUGUCCACUGGAGAAGCAGAAUACUAUGGCUUGAUAUCAACAGCCUCAACCGCUUUGGGCGAGCAAGCAAUGAUGGCGGACUGGGGUGUAAAGCUGUCUGUCAACAUAGCUAUGGAUGCCAGCGCGGGCAUAUCCAUCGGCUCGCGACGAGGGCUGGGUAAGGUCAAGCACAUUGACACCUGCUAUCUGUGGGUGCAAGAAAUAGUGGAUCAAGGAAGAAUACGCCUGAAGAAGGUCAACACGCAAGACAUGCUGGCAGACCUCAUGACGAAGCCUUUGGACGGCCAAACUGCUACGAAGCUAUUGAGUCGAAUGGGCUACACCGUCAGGUCUGGAAAGCAUGAGCUGGCCUUAGGAAAGGCGUGA